AUGGGUGUUAAAUCAGUUGGACGUGCGUAGAAUGUUGUGAAAACGUGAAAAAUUUCUGUGUUAAUAAACAUUUUUUUAAAGCAAAAAUAUCCGUUUGGUAUUUUUUGCAGUGUUUGCGCGAUUGGCACAAGUAGUAACUGUGCCAGUCUUUAUCGUUAAUUAAUAGUUGAGUGACUUAUUAUCGGCGUAGUUCAUUGGAUUAUGCUGAACGUGGAAGCGGAUGGACUGCUGUCAUUGUUUUGCCCCGCAGUGGCAUACUGUUGCAUGUUUUCUUUGUGUUUUAUUGCUGACAAACAAUUUAAAAUAAACAUUUUUCUUUGUCACAAUGAGCUGUGAUGGUUGGCUGUCCAAAUGGAUCUACUGCGUUUCGUUUCCGGAAGAAAACACAGUGAACGAACGGACGCACCUGCUCGAAGUGAGUGAACAGACGCAGGAGAGCCCCGCGCCGGCGCCGGCCGCGCCGCCGCGGAAGCCCGACGAGCAGAGCGCGCUCAACAGGAUACUACACGAGACUGCCACUAACGUAAUAGACGUCGGUGCGCUCGGCCCGUACGCGCUUGAACCUGGCGCGUACUCCGAGCGCGUGCGCGCGUAUACAGCGCGCGUCGCCUCCGCACCCGCUGUUCCGCCUCCCCCGCCGCGCCUGCUCAAAGACGUGCCCUUAGCGGAGCGGAAUGUGCUGCUGUCGAAGCCUCCGCUUAGCAAUGACGAUAAAGAACUAAUAGCGAACGCCGUGAAGAAGGCGGCGGCAGCGAUAUCGGAACUGCGAGUCGAACACCAUGAGGACCUGGUCGUACCUUUUAGGGUGCCAUAGCAAUACCGCCCACAGUCCAGGCGGUCCUUCUAAACUCACUAACCAUUGGUGGGCCUUAUGCCUUCGGAAUAAGGCUUACCAAUCGUCAGUUAGAUCGUAUGCAAGUUUUCAUUUCACUGUAUAAAGGUAGCUUAGUCGUGCGCGGCAUGUCAUCAUGAACCUUGUUAGAAUGCACUAAGGUUGAUAUUUGGUUGUAACCGCGCGCGUCAGUUGACCUCUUUGGCGGUCAAAUGGUUAAAUAUUCUUGGUUGGCCGGAAUAACCCAAAAAUUUUAAACCAUUCAUCCCGCUGCCUAAUUGGUAUUCAAAAAUAUUAGUCGUAAUAGGCGAAAAGCGCAAGUUUUCGAGAUAUUCUAUAAUUAACGGAACAAAAAUCGCCGUGCAAACUCAUCCUAAUCAAUCCAAGGCGCUGUAUAGAAGAAGCUGCUACAUGAUAUCGAAUUAUUUUAUUCUAAAAAGUCGCUAAAUUAAGAAUGCAAAAAGCCAAUGAAUGAAACAUUUUUUUGUUGUAAGGGGCUUCAUAAAUUACGUUAUUUCAAAUUAGGGGGGGGGGGUCUGUACGUAAUUUAUGGACAGCCCCUAAAACACAAACCGAGUUGCGUGGGAUUUUCUGCCUGCAGUAUAAUUUUAAUAUCUUGUCUUUUCUCCUUCUAUAUUUGACAGAUUUUUUUUAAUUACGUGACAUGUCGUUUAUGUUCAACUAAUCUGCACACACACAAAUUCCAUGUUGUAUAUAAAUUUCAUAUUAUAUAAUAUUCUAUCAAAAGAAAUGAAAAAGAAACAAUUCUACACCUAAACUCAGCACUGAGUGCCAAAACUGUUCAUUAUCUGAUACUCAUACAUUAAGCGCGACCUGCAUCAUCCCACUAACCCGGGGUUAACCGGUUAAACCGAUAACGCACUCUCAAAUUGCACUGGUAACCAUGGCAACUCUAAGUUCAACCGGUUAACCUCGGGUUAGUGGAAUGGUGCAAGUGGCGCUGUCAUAAGUGUCAUUAUUCUUAAGACUUGCCUUAUAUCGCUUGUUAAGUGUAGGUAUGUCAUUAAUCUAAUACCUUUAAACGAGUAUGUAUUAUAUAGGGUGACUCAAAAAUAGGGACUAAAAAAAUCACUUGGGGAUCAUCCAUUAAUUGCGAUGAUGAUGAUGAUGAUGAUAAUACUAAUUUUCGGCUACUGAUGAAUAGAGAUGAAGUUAAAGUGACGUCACAAUGUUUGUGACUCCCCCCUCCCCCAAGUCACAUGUCACAUUUUCUUGACCCCCUCCCUAAACGUGUGACGUAAUUAAUGGAUGACCCCUUGAAGGUUUAUUUUCUCGAACUGAAACUGAAUGCGGGUUUGCUCCUAUUUUUGAGAUACUUCGUUGUUUUUUAAUAACAGCCAUAGUAGGUAUGUAUAAAUGAACAUUAUUAUGGCCUUAUUUAAGUUAAAACUGCCUUAUAGAGCUCUCACGUAAGUUAUUUUGUUAAAUUGACCGGGGUGGAUGCGUCACUUGAGGUAAAUGCGUCUUUUAAAGAUUUCUAAACGAAACUUUAUACAACUAUUGGAACCCUAUCUGUUCGAAGUGCGGUCACUGAACUUUUAAUGCAGACGGCUAUAGUAGUAAAUAUAUGUUACGCAUUUACCACAAGAGACGCAUUUACCCCGCUUAACCUUAAUAACUUUUGCACAUAAGUUAUCAUUUUGUUAUUCAACAAGGCGCGUAGCUAUAGCUAUUAUAACAAUGGUAUAUCUCAAUGGUAAUCGACUUGAACUAAUGAUUUAAAUAUUUACUAUGCUCUGAUCAUUUCAGUGAGUCAAAAGAGUAUAUUCUUACUUAAAUGAAUAGAAAUAUCUGACACAAUAAAGCAUAUUAUUCAUACUUUUGUGGAGUCAAAGGAAAGUUGUAACUGAUUUUAUUUUCAUCCAGAGUUAAAUUAUCAUUUUCCCAGUCAAUAUAAUUAAUAUAAGUGACUGAAUCGGCUUAGGACCAAAAACAUUUCUUUGUAGAAAAGUCAGUGCAAGGCAACCCUAUUCCAUAGAAACAUUACUUACAACAGCUCAUGCAAGAAUGCGUCUUAUGCCUUAGGCAUAAAGUCCAUAUUUAAAUGAAUAAAAAUCUUUAAAUUGGCUUUAUUUACGCAUAGGGUUGCCACUUGAAAUAUUAAAAUUGUAAUAAGUGAAUACUUUGGAAUGGGAGUUUUUUGCACUGAUUUCUAGAUAACGUAGCAAUAGAAUUAUUUAAAAUAUUAAUAUUUUAUUCAGUAUUUUGCGCCCUCAUAUUUGAAGUUUUGUCUCGAUACAGAGUGAGUUUAAAUGAUGGAAUACAAACACUUAGAUACUUAUAUCUAUACAAAACAAGAUCUUAAAUAUAUAUGUACCAUCAACCGGGGUGAAUAGGGACAAAACUAGAAAAGUGAUUUAUCUGACAAUUACUUUAAAAAAUCAACACUAAUUGUAUCAUUUGAUUGUAGAGUUUGAAUGGUACCAUUCGUGUGGGUAUUUUUUUAAAGAAAUUGUCAGGAAAAUCUAAUUUUAAUUUUUGUCCCUAUUCACCUAAUGUUCUCAGAGAGACAAAAAUAUCUGAACCUGACAAUAAAGUCGUGUUUACAUAUUUUUGCCUCAAUGCUCUGUUAUAUUAUUAUCUUGUCAUAUAUAACGCACAGGACAACGUUAAUAUAAAAAACCGAAACAUACGCAUUUAAACACGCGCGUGAUUCUGAUUUUAUUGAUAUGAUUUUAAUUGUUCAUUUGCAAAUUCUAUAAAUGUUGAUAUUAUCAAAUUGAAUACCGGUUUAGGAUCUUUUGAUAGUCAAAACUAUGAAAUAAAUGACGCCCAAAUUUCAUUUUGCAAUCCUGUUUUCAGUAGGGUCGUUUCUUAAAAGCUUGUAACUUGUAAUACAAGCGGAUGUCACUUUUUGACAGCUUCUGUUAGAAAGGGACUUCCACUUGUAUUACAAGUUACAAACUUUUGAGAAACGGGCUCCAGAUGGGUUAAAUAUAAGUUACGGAUAAAAAUAAUACAAAGUUUUUAAUACUCAACAACUUCCAAAAUAGGAAUGAAGUAGAAUAAGUGUAAGGCCUGAGUGGACGCUCGAGUUGAGCGUGCAGCGGGGCGGGGCGUGCGGCGUGCAUGUUAAACAAAUGCAAACGUAUAAGAGCGGCCUUAGUGCACGCUGCUCACAUCACUUGUGAGCCCGACGCCACGCUGCACGCCCCGCCGAACGCUCCACUCCGAGCGUCCACUCAGGCCUUAAGUUUUUCAGUGUUAAAAUUUUUAUCUUAUUUUUACUCGUGUCUUAUAUUUACCCCACCUGACCCUACCUACUUUAUCAAAACUUAGUUUUCGACUAUCAAAAGGACCCUUACCAUUUUUAUAAUUAAUAUGUAUAUUAAAUUUAUUGUAAAAUGGAUAUGCGAUGACUGAUCGAGACUAUGUAGCUUAUAUUGUAAAUAGAUAGCUUAUAUAUAGAAUUAUAGAUGCUUACGUAUAUAUAAUGUAUCGUGACAUAACACCUGAAAGAUAUUACUGUUACGGCGUCAUUGCAUCAUAAAAAAAAUAACGCGACAACGAGCAUGUAACACCCCUUGCUGGAGUUGCAGGUAGACGGAAAUUUAAAAAAAAAUUAUACACUUCGUAAGUUUUACAUAUGCAGGUACAGUCGCCAUCAGAUAUAUCGGAGCGGCCAAGACGCCCACAAAUAUCUGAACACACCUCUAUUGUCAAGGCGCUAGAGCGCGUGUAUAGAUAUUUCUACAUGACGCGAGCAUAGUAGUGUCUUUCAGAAAAAAGAGCUUAGUUUAUUUAAUGUUUUAACAUCGAUGCCAUUUUUCUAUACUUGUAUUUUGUAUGUGUAAAAAAUUAUCGUAAGUAAUCUUUAUUCACUUAAUGCUUCGAAAAAACUGUUCGCAAUCGAGUGGGGUAAUGAUACAAACUUAAUUUCACCCCAUUUCUGGGGUAAAAUGAAAGAUUGAAAAAAUCUGUUUUACCCCACUUAAUUUUGUGUUUUAAAUAUUAUUGUUAGUAAUAAUGUUUUAAACAAUUAUUAAUUUUAAAUCGAUCGCCGUAAAGAACAAUAAUGUGAAAUAAUAGUUACGUUUGAAUUUAAUUUGAAGCCAAAAAUGUUGAAAUUGAUCUGAGUAAAUAAAGGUGAAACAUAUCAACUCACAGAUAGGUAGGUAGAUUUUCCCUUAUACAAGGUGUAACAUGACGAAACCGAAUUUUACAGCGUUUUCCCGAUUUUAUUUAGAGACAAAAAUUUCCAAUUAACCCGUGGUCACACAUGUGCUGGUAACUAGUAUAGGAGUUCCAUACUACGGUAAUUCUGGGGCGCUCCAGGGGUUAACUUUUUUUAAAUUCGCCUAGUUUCAGAGAUAUUACAAAAAAAAAAACAAGUUUUUAUUGUUACUCAUAUUAUUAUUUUUUCCUUCUUUUGACCUCAGAAAUGCGUAGUUAAAAUCUCUCGCAUUCCUCGUGAGGACCUUGUAUGUUGAUAAGGGAUGAAAAUACAUAAUUUUGGUUUUACUUUGGUCAUUUCAGUAUUUUUACGCUUCUCAAUAAUGUUUUAAAAAUAAAUGUAUGAAUUCCCUUUUACGGAAGGCUGUGUUAAGUAAAGUUUGCGGUUUUGAGCCGCCCUUGACGGUUACAGCGGAAAUCGAAAUUCGAAAAUAUGUAUUUCCGUCUCUAUCGCUCUUGCUUAGUUCGAGUGAGAUAGACAAUAUGCAGAUAAACAAUUUUCGAAUUUCGAAGUUCGCGGCCGUCCUUGUCUCAUAGAACGUCAGUUAUUUUGUUAUGCACACGAUUAAUGUAUAAAAUAAAUAUAUUAUUUGUAUUA